UUUGUAAUCAAAUAUUGAUUUCCUCAUCAAAUGAAUGUUUUUGUUGGCAAUAAUAAGAUGUGGUUUUUUGUGGUCUUAAGUUACUUCGCUUUAUUAGUGCAACUUUUUCUCAUCGUUUUGUCCGUCGCGGCCGGACUCUACUAUUUGGCUGAAUUGGUGGAAGAGUUUAGUGUAAUAUCGGCUAAAGUAAUCAAAUCAACUAUUUUGUUAACGCUAUUUAUAUAUUUAUGUUUAUUCCUAUUCGAAGAAUUGCCCAAUUCUUUGAUUAUCACCGGAAUUGUCAUCCUUCUGCUGGUCAACCAUUACUUCGCCUUUUCGUACUUCUCUUCCGUUUACUAUCCAUUCACUCAAGUGUUAGCCUUCUUUACCAUCUGUUUAUGGCUCAUCCCAUUUGCAUUUUUCAUAUCAUUAUCGGCUAAUGAGAACGUAUUGCCCACUAUUGCAGAGACGAGACCAUUGCUUUCAGUGAUUGAAGUGCAGAGUCUUCAUAAUCACAUUUAUGGUCACUUAAUGGACACACAUUACGACCAAUGGGUGGGACAGAAGUGCAUCAAAAGACAAGACGUGUCGCAAGAGAUUAAAAGUUUUGAAUCCAAAUCCGAUGUAAUGUUUGAAUCGGAAUAUCUAUUCAAAAGAGUUGGAGUGCUUUGUCUGGUGUUAAGCAAAAGCCGAAAGUCAUCGCAAGCGGUGCGCCUGACGUGGGCUAACCAUUGCAAUCACGUUAUAUUCUUCGGACCCUUUUCUGACCGCAAAAUACCAGUCAUUAAAUACCCGCCGGCGAGCACUCAUGUAUCGUUUUGUCACUCAUUUAUCACUGCAAUGAAUCAAUUUUCCGGUCAAUUUGAUUGGCUUUUCAUAGCCUAUGACGAAACGUAUGCCAUAAUCGAGAAUCUCCGCCAUUAUGUCGCGCCUCUCAACGCCUCCUCUCUCUACUACUUGGGAAGAGCUGUCAAACACUACUUCUCGGGCGUCUAUAACGCGGCCGACUCUGGCAUAGUGUUGAGCAGAGGCGCCGUCGAGCGCAUCGCUAAAGCAUUUAGUAAUGAAACGGUUUGUGACUUAAACUUUAUUGAAGGCAUCGGAAGUGUUUCUCGCAAUUUCGAGAUAUCUCUGGCUCUCAUAUUAGGCCGCUUUGGCUGCACUCCUGUCGAUACACGCGAUUUGCGCAGAAGAGGGCGUUUCCAUGCGUUCCCACCCGAGCGUCAAUUAGUGCCGGGAAUGAUAUCGAUGUUCAACAGCUACUGGAGAAAUGGUGUCUUUUUAUCAUCUAAUGACGAACAUUGUUGUAGUGAUAAAAGCAUUACUUUCAACGGUGUUCUUCCAGCGGCCAUGUAUUUGACUGAAUACUUACUCUAUCACAUGUCUAUAUUCAGUACCCAUAAUAACCCCCUCGGACUCGGCAAUAAACCCCCGCCUUAUAGCUCUUAUAAAUAUAAUCUUAAGAGUUGGCAUAUUUGGCCCAUCGAUCCAAAUCUCAUUCUCGUGAAUACUUUGCCUCAAAAGAGCCAACGAUUCUUCAGUCCUUUGAGUUACAAAGCGAUUCUCGUCGUUGAUUAA